GGAGAUCCUGGGUUCGAAUCCCAGCGGUGCCUCAACCGAGCGUCCCGGCUCUCUUUUUACCUGUGCGCAUUUUUGCUCUGCUGCCCUACCCAGCGCCCCUCGCUUUAGAUGCAUGAAGGUGAACCUGAGAAGCCGGUUUAGCGGGCUCGGUGCUGCGGCCGCGAGCUAGCUUUCCCCUUGCUGAGCUGGGCAGGGCGAGCUGGGCCCCCUCUGCCCAUUCCUCCUCCGAGCGCCCCACCUCGGCUGUUGACGGGUCACCCCCUCCAGCAUUGCGAUCGGUGUCACACAUCUCACAGGCGCGUCUGGCGAGGUCCACGCUGAACCCGGUCAGUGUGCCCCCGGGGCUGCGGGAAGAAUGAGUCAGAGGCUGUAUCUUCCGGGCGCCAGGUGGGAGGCUGACCCCUGAGGCCCGCUGCUCUGGCUGCUGCACAAAUACGCAGCUGGAGGGCCUGACCCAAAGCAAUUGCACCGGAGUCCCUGGGGGUGCCGCGAAGCAUGGGGAUUUGGAACAGUCACCCAGGAACACUCUUGUCAAACUCAACAAAAUUGAUGUCCGACGCAACAGGACAGUCCCAAAGAGCUGCAGAGAUGGCAGGCUCCAAUAGGACUCCCCAUGGCCUUGGUCUCAACCCUGGAUUCUUUUCACAGCUUGGAAAACAUGCAUCUAGAAAGCAAUCCUCAAGUGGAAACAAAACUUUGGACGCUUCUUGUCAGUUCUCCAAUUCUGUUGAAUAUUUUUGCCAUGCAUAAAUGCCCAUUACAUGAGAAGUCAGCAGUCUGGGGAAAUCGUGAAACCAAAUUAUGUGAACAUCGUCCUCACUGGGCGGCUCAGCAGCGCAGUCCCUGCCUUAGCUGCCUGCAGCGGAAAGCUGGAACAGCACACGGAACGGCGGGGUGUCAUCUACAGCCCAGCCUGGCCCCUCAACUACCCGCCGGGCACCAACUGCAGCUGGUACAUCCAGGGUGACCGUGGGGAUAUGAUCACCAUCAGUUUCCGCAACUUUGACGUGGAGGAGUCCCACCAGUGCUCCCUGGACUGGCUCAUGCUGGGCCCAGCAGCCCCGCCCCGCCAGGAGGCCUUCCGGCUCUGUGGCUCUGCCAUCCCGCCUGCCUUCAUCUCUGCCCGGGACCACGUCUGGAUCUUCUUCCACUCUGACGCCUCCAGCUCCGGCCAAGCCCAGGGCUUCCGUCUCUCGUACAUCCGAGGGAAGCUGGGCCAGGCCUCCUGCCAGGCAGACGAGUUCCGCUGUGAUAACGGCAAGUGCCUGCCCGGGCCGUGGCAAUGCAACACUGUGGACGAGUGUGGCGACGGCUCUGACGAGGGCAACUGCUCGGCGCCUGCCUCUGAGCCACCCGGCAGCCUGUGCCCGGGGGGCACCUUCCCCUGCAGCGGGGCGCGCUCCACGCGCUGCCUGCCCGCCGAGCGGCGCUGCGAUGGCACCCAGGACUGCGGGGACGGCUCCGACGAGGCCGGCUGCCCCGACCUGGCGUGUGGCCGGCGGCUGGGCAGCUUCUACGGCUCCUUCGCCUCCCCGGACCUGUUUGGCGCAGCCCGUGGGCCCUCGGACCUUCACUGCACGUGGCUGGUGGACACGCAGGACCCGCGGCGCGUGCUGCUGCAGCUGGAGCUGCGGCUGGGCUACGACGACUACGUGCAGGUGUACGAGGGCCUGGGCGAGCGCGGGGACCGCCUGCUGCAGACGCUGUCCUACCGCAGCAACCACCGGCCCGUGAGCCUGGAGGCCGCCCAGGGCCGCCUCACCGUGGCCUACCACGCCCGCGCCCGCAGCGCCGGCCACGGCUUCAACGCCACCUAUCAGGUGAAGGGCUACUGCCUCCCGUGGGAGCAGCCGUGUGGGAGCAGCAGCGAGGGGGCCGCGGGGGACGCGGGCGAGCAGGGCUGCUUCUCGGAGCCGCAGCGCUGCGACGGCUGGUGGCACUGUGCCAGCGGCCGCGACGAGCAGGGCUGCCCCGCCUGCCCGCCCGACCAGUACCCCUGCGAGGGCGGCAGCGGCCUGUGCUACGCGCCCGCCGACCGCUGCAACAACCAGAAGAGCUGCCCCGACGGCGCCGACGAGAAGAACUGCUUCUCCUGCCAGCCCGGCACCUUCCACUGCGGCACCAACCUGUGCAUCUUCGAGACGUGGCGCUGUGACGGCCAGGAGGACUGCCAGGACGGCAGCGACGAGCACGGCUGUCUGGCGGCGGUGCCGCGGAAGGUCAUCACCGCCGCCCUCAUCGGCAGCCUGGUGUGCGGCCUGCUGCUGGUCAUCGCCCUGGGCUGCGCCUUCAAGCUCUACUCGCUGCGCACGCAGGAGUACAGGGCCUUCGAGACCCAGAUGACGCGCCUGGAGGCUGAGUUUGUGCGGCGGGAGGCACCCCCGUCCUAUGGGCAGCUCAUCGCGCAGGGCCUCAUUCCGCCCGUGGAGGACUUUCCCGUCUACAGUGCGUCCCAGGCCUCGGUGCUACAGAACCUUCGCACAGCCAUGCGGAGACAGAUGCGCAGGCACGCCUCCCGCCGAGGGCCCUCCCGCCGCCGCCUCGGCCGCCUCUGGAACCGGCUCUUUCACCGGCCGCGGGCACCGCGGGGACAGAUCCCACUGCUGACCGCUGCGCGCACCUCACAGACGGUGCUGGGGGACGGGCUCCUCCAGCCUGCACCGGGGACCACCCCAGAUCCCCCAGCACCCCUCACGGACACAGGCAGCCCUGUAGUGGCUGGGGAUGGGCCCCCCAGUGUCCCAGGCCAUGCAUCAGAGGCGGGAUCUGCUGUGCCGCCCCCCUCCGGCCUGCGGGACCCAGAGUGCAGGCUGGGGGACAAGGACAGAAAGGCCUGCAGGGACUCUUUGGUGGACAGCCUGGCCCCUGCCGAAGCGCCUCGGGAGCCCUGCUCGGCCCAGGACCCUCACCCCCUGGCUCCCACUGCCAGUAGCACCCUGGGCCCCCACCCACCAGAGCCAUUGGGUGUCUGCAGGAGUCCCCCACCACCCUGCUCCCCAACGUUGGAGGCCAGUGACGAUGAGGCCCUGCUGGUCUGCUGACCUGCUGGACAUGCUGGUGACCGCCACAGCCCCGCUUUGUAACCAGGGAAUACACAGUCAUUUCUACCCUGCCUCCGCGUCCUUCUUUGUUGCAGAGAAGCCACCCAGAGGCCCAGCUAGCCUGCUGCAUCGGCACCCCCAGCCCUGGUGGACACAGCGGGCCAGGGCUGUGGGGGUUUGAGCGAGGAGCGGGGUGGAGUGAGGAGCCCCUCUGCAGGCACCCUGGGGUCUCACUCUACCUCUUUCUCCAUUCUGGGAAUCCAUUUCUGAAGAAGCAGGAGAGUUAGGGCAGGGCUCUCUGGAGUGUUCUCUGUGGCUUCUUGCUUCAUUCACCCUUUAGGGUGCCAGAGCUGUGCUGGACUGAGCAGGGUUAUGGGUGCCACAGACCUAGUCCAUGGCGGGGCCCUCUGUCAGUGCUCAGCCCUCCCCAUCCUCCCAGCCAUCCCUAGAGGAGCAGGCUAGGAGGCUGCUGGCCCCAGCCUCAUGCCUGUGGUGUCAGUACAGGUCCAGCCAGGCAGAUGCCUUUUGCCCUCCGGCUGAGGGGUUAAUCUCCUGGGCAUGAGGGCAGGGCUGGGAAUGUGGGCACAGGGUAGAGGAAACCCAUGGUCUCUUGCAGGCCUUGAGGCCCCUGGGAGAUGCUGCUGGAUGCUUUCUCAGGUGACAGUGGCCGAGCACCAACUGACAGUGACUAAAUCCAUCCCAUCCUGCCGCAGGCUCUCAGUUUCCCCUGUAAAUCAGGGUGAGGCCAUGGGCUCUGAAGUCCUGGCAGUCACUCCACAGAGAUUUAUGGGGCUGAGGGAAAGGCAGUUCCAGCAGAAACACCCGGACCGACCUCGGUGGUUGAGCCUAGAGCUGGCGUUGCGGGUCCCAGGGAGGGGCGCACAAGGUGUUUCCCAACCCCGGUGUCCCUUUGGGUCAAGGCUGGCUCUGGACCCCACAAGGGAGAAAGGAAGUGCCUGGUUCAAGUGGCAGAGCCAUAGGCCCCCUCCAGAGCCUGCUGGGGCACCUUCCUCAGCCAGCACCACACAAGCCCCACCGGGUCAUGCCCACCAGGGACUCGCCUAAGACAAGCACACCGCCCACCAACCCUGUUUUAUUCAUAGACAUUUCCAGGAAAGCGAGCAGGGCAGCACUGACAGGGAGCCCAGCCAAUAUCUCCAGGGCUCUCUCAGCACAGGACUCAAAGGAGUCAGAUCUCUCUCUCUCUCUCUCUCUCUCUCUCUCUCUCUCUCUCUCUUUUUUUCAGGACAAAACAAAAAAAACAAAAAGCAAAAAAAAACCAACUUAUUUUGCAAAAACACCUCCUCAAUAAACAACAUGUAAACAGAAACAGCUGCUUCAGGCUCCGCAAAUGUCUCAUUGCGUUUUCAAGGGCUUGUCCCUGGUGGGCAGUGGGGAGGGCUGGCACGGGCCAUUUUCCUCUUCCUCAGGGGCUCCCUGGGGGUAGACCACAAAGCACAGCUCCUGGCCCCAGCGUGUCAUGGAUUCUGAGGACAGAGAGACAAACAAACAGAUAGACCUUGGGAUCCGAGCCUGUGGGGCAGGGGUCCUCAGGGAGCCGCUCCCUUUGGGUGGAUCCUGGACCCUGGGGCCACAUCUUGGGGAGAUGUCCGGUGGCGGUUGGACCCCCUGUUGUCACCGCAACUGCCGGGAGGUCCUGCUCCAGGGCGAGUCCCUAACAGGUCACGUUUCCCGGCCCCGCCACCUUGGGGAGGCUGCCUGGCUCACCUGUGAGUCUGUGCACACACUUUGGUUUGCUUCUCCAGAACACUCCCAGGAAGAAAACAGGCACCCCCGUGAGGAUGAUGAUGACGCCGACUCCACACACCAUGGGCUCUGAGAUGAAGCUGAAGACCAGCAGGAAUGCCCAGAAAACCAAUGUUUCAUGUUUUUUAGGCACUGAGCACUUCUCCAGCUCCAGGAUUUAUAUGCAAACAGAAUAUUUGCAUUUAGCUUGA